AUCGACAUCAACAGCUUACUGCCAACUCUACUCAACCAAGUCCAUCUCCCUGCUCAAGAUGCUCAUCGUCGGCCUUACAGGCGGCAUCGCUACGGGCAAGUCAACAGUCUCCAAUCUCCUCCGCUCAAAAGGUAUCCCCAUUGUCGACGCUGAUGUCAUUGCUCGGCAAGUCGUCGAGCCCGAUCAGCCUGCCUACAAUGCCAUUCUCGAGGCAUUCGGGUCAGAUACACCGGAUCUGCUCCUUCCUGACAAGUCUCUGAAUAGACCUGCUCUUGGCAGAAGAAUCUUUGGUGAUGACAAAGCGCGCAAGGUGUUGAAUAGCAUCACUCAUCCUGCUGUUCAGAAAGCAAUGCUCUAUGAGACGCUACGCGCAUAUAUUCGCGGCGCCGCCAUUUGCGUACUCGAUGUACCGCUGCUUUUUGAGGGCGGGCUUGAUGCGUAUUGCGGUGUGACGGUGUGUGUUGCUUGUUCAGACAGUCUACAACUGGAUCGCUUGCAGAAGCGCGAUACACACCUCACGAAGGAAGAUGCAGAAGCACGCAUGCGCUCCCAGAUGAGCAUGCAGGACAAAAGAGACAGAGCUGAUCGAGUGAUUGAGAAUGAUGGAUCCCUGGCAGACUUGGAAACGAAUGUCGGUGCCUUGCUCGACCAAAUCAAGCCAUACCAAGUUGUUAGCUUGCUGGAAUGGCUUGUUCCGCCGUUUGGAUUGACGAUGGGUCUUUGGACGCUACUUGCCAGACGGGUACAAGCCAAGCCCAAGGCGAAGCUCUAGAUAAAUCUUUGUAAAUAUGUACAUUUUACGAUCGCUUGACCUUCUUCUGCUCGACGCACUCGCUACAGUACCACUUCCCAAUUGGUGGCUCCUUCAAGCCAACACAGCCAUAAUGGAACCAUUCUCGAGCGCAAGAGUCGUUGUCGCAUGCAACCAUU